GAAAAAAAGGGUCACACACAUGUGAAGGCUUAGUCCUUUUUGAUCUUCAAACCCACACUGUGGUCUAUAAAUACGCACACCACGCGCACGUUAUCACACUCCAAGAAAUCAUAUUCAUAACAUCAACCCCCAACUAACUAUAAUAACGUCUCAAAUUCAUACCGCUGGCCUGGGGUUCCUCUCCAGGAAGUUCACAAAUUUCUUGCCUGUGAUUCGCAGGCACGACGUCGUUUGUAAGCAUUCCUCCUUCUAUUGCUCCUAUGGUUGUUCCGUUUGUGCUGGUGAAGUUGGCGUAAGAGCAAUAUAUGAAUCGUGUUUAUGCUGCCGUCUCACCUACCCUACUUCUCAUGAUUUUCAAACUGGUGGAGGAAUUAGUUGCAUUCUUUGUCGGUGUAAGAACAUAAUGGAGAGUGGUGGUCUGAAGCAUAGUAUAAAUUCUCAUUCUUCAGACAAGGAGCUCAUGAAAGAGAUGGGUUCUGAGAAAUAUGGGUGCUCACAUUAUAGGAGAAGGUGCAAGAUCAUAGCACCCUGUUGCAAUGAGGUAUUUGAUUGCAGGCACUGCCACAAUGACUCAAAGAACUCCCUAGAAGUUAAUCCACUCGAACGCCACGAUAUCCCGCGUCAUCAAAUAAAAAGGGUCAUCUGCUCGUUGUGCAACACGGAACAAGAUGUUCAACAAAUAUGCAUCAACUGUGGGGUUUGUUUGGGAAAGUACUAUUGCUCAAAGUGCAAAUUCUUUGAUGACGAUGUGUCCAAGAAUCAAUAUCACUGCGAUAAAUGUGGAAUCUGCCGAACUGGCGGUGAGGAAAACUUUUUCCAUUGCGAUAGAUGCGAAUGUUGCUAUUCGAAUUUAUUGAAAGAUUCGCACGUAUGCGUGGAGAGAGCCAUGCAUCACAAUUGCCCUGUUUGCUUUGAGUAUCUUUUUGAUACGACGAGGAAUAUUACUGUGCUGCGGUGUGGUCACACUAUACAUCUUGACUGUGUUAAGGAGAUGGAACGUCAUUUUCAGUACGCUUGCCCCGUUUGCUCAAAAUCAUAUUGUGAUAUGACCAGUGUCUGGGAAAGACUUGAUCAGGAGGUUGCUUCCACACCUAUGCCUCACAUUUAUCAAAAUAAAAUGGUAUGGAUUCUGUGCAACGACUGUGGAGAGACGUCUGAGGUAAACUAUCAUGUUGUGGCUCAGAAAUGCUUGAAUUGCAACUCCUACAAUACAAAGCAGACGAGAGGCGGCCAGACAACAUGCUCGCCUGGAAUAUCGGAGAUGGUUAGAUGAUAGGGUUGUUGGAUAAACUGCAUUAACACAAACAUCGAUCUUCAGGAGACUAUACUCUCAUUACAACACACACUAACGGCUAAUGAAGGUUCAAAAGACGUCUUAAGCUUAAUGCAGCCAUCAACGAACAUAAAAGGUCCUUAUCAAUUCGUAUUGCC